AUGGCUGAUCCGACUGCUCAGAAGCCCUACUGGGACACGCCUGGAGGCGGCAUUGCGCCCAUCAAAGCCGAGUAUGUGCUGUGGGACAAGAUGGGCAAGGGGACCCGGCAGCCCGCCAUUGACGACGACGCGGCCGAGGGGCGGACCAAAGCAGUGCUCAACAAGCCGUUGCUCAGGACGAGUGACGUCGCUGCUGUUCCGCCGCAGACUGCCGACCCUGCUUCCACCCACUCCCCUGCACCCGAACCGACAGGUAGCGCGCCCGCCGUCGAGCCUUCGACUACCGAGGCUGCUCCGGCGAAGGAGGAGAACGGAGCAAAGGAGGAACCGGCGGGAGAGGCGGCAGCAACGGGCGAGGGCGAGCCUGAGCAGAAGAAGGUCAAGCUGAGCGGCGCGCAGAAGAAGGCGCUCGCGAAGCAGAGGGCGCAGGAGCAGUGGGAGGCGAAGAAGAAGGCAAAGGCAGAAGCGAAGGCUGCUGCGGCGGCGCAAGCGGGGCAGGAGGGAGAAGGCGAAGGCAAGAAGAAGCUGAAGGGGCAGAAUAAGAACCGCAAGUUCGACCACCGCGCUGGUACCGGCGAGAUCCGCUUGUGCCAUCAGACCGCGCUCGGCAAGGUCUGCGAUCGACCGAACUGCCGAGGCGACCACGACUUGGCAGCCUACCUCGCUGCCCGCCUGCCCGACAUUCGCCACGCCCUUCCCACCACCGCUGACGACCUCACGCCCAUCGAGACUCCGCACGCGUGCCCUUUUUUCCUCGCGCUCGGCUCGUGCCCGUACGGCUUCAAGUGCCGCUUUGGCGAGAGCCACAUCCGCAAGGUCGAGGACGGACAGGGUGCGCUGGGAAGCGGAUGGGAGCUCGUGAUUGAUGAGGAAAAGGUCAGGCGGCGUGAGGCGGAGGUGGGAGAAGGCAAGGGGAAGCUGAGCCAUAUGGCCGAGAUGAACUUUAUCUCGAUGCAGCAGAUUAAGGAGAUUCGUGGUGGCGGGCGGACACUGGAGAAGUUCCCGCUCUCCGUCGAAUACCUCUCGUCGAUUGGCGAGCCCCUCGACUCGCGCGAGGAGAACGGCAAAGGCGGUAAGGGCAAGAAGCGUGGUCGUAAUGGCGAGCCCAAGGCAGCUGAUGCCGCGUCUGCUGAAGCUGUGACGCCUUCCGAGCCUGCACCUGCCGCCGUUGCGCCUGAAGCGCCGACUUCGGCUGAAGCGUCGACUUCUGCCGCUCCCGUCGAUGCUGCUGUCGCAUCCGACGCCGUCGCUGCCGCCUCCGCCACGCCAUCUGCGACCAUGGACGUCGACUCUCACCCCUCACGCACCUUCGUUCCCGACCUCGCACCGGUGCGCGCGUCCGAGAAGAAGCGGCUCGACUUUGCCGGCAAGAUGUGGAUGGCGCCGUUGACGACCGUCGGCAACUUGCCGUUCCGUCGGUUAGCAGUCGAGUACGGUUGCGACAUCACCGUGUCGGAGAUGGGCCUCGCGCAGGAGUUUUUGUCGGGCAAUGCGAACGAGUGGAGCUUGGUGCGACGGCACCCGAGCGAGCGGCAGUUUGGCGUUCAGAUCUGCGGCUCGAAGCCCCAAGUGCUCGUCCCGGCGGCCGAAGCCAUCGUCAAGCAUACCGACAUCGAUUUCCUGGACGUCAACUGCGGCUGCCCGAUUGACCUCGUCUUCAACAAGGGCGCCGGGUCGGCCCUCCUUGCACACGCCGGAAAGCUCGGCAAAUCGCUCGUCGGCAUGUCGAAGGUACUCGGCGAGGUGCCGCUUACCGUCAAGAUCCGCACGGGCGUCAGCAACAACCAGCCGGUCGCGCACAAGCUCAUGCCGCGCUUCCAGACGGAGUGGGGCGUCAGCGCUGUGACGAUGCACGGCCGGUCUCGACAAGCGCGCUACAAACACUUCGCCGACUACAAGUACAUCGGCGAGUGCGUCAAGGUUCUGCGCGAGACGGCCGAGGAGGAAGGCGUUGCGCCCAUCCCGAUCUUCGGGAACGGAGAUGCGUACGACCACAGGACGUACUGGGACAACGUCGAGAAGAGCGGCGUCGACGGAAUCAUGAUCGCGCGAGGAGCGCUCGUCAAGCCCUGGAUCUUUACCGAGCUGAAGGAGCGAAGAGACUGGGACAUCUCGUCUCGUGAGCGCCUCGACAUGAUCGGGAAGCUGUGCGACUACGGCUUGGAGCACUGGGGCUCGGACCAGAUGGGCGUCAAUAAGUGCCGCCGCUUCGUCUGCGAGGCGCUCUCAUUCACGCACCGUUACGUCCCGGUCGGCUUGCUUGAGCGCCUUCCGACGAACAUGAACGAGCGGCCUUUCGCCUUCCGCGGCAGGGACGAGCUCGAGACACUCCUCUCCUCGGAUCAGUCGAAGGAUUGGGUCAAGAUCACGGAGAUGUUCCUUGGGCCGACGCCGGACGACUGGUCCUUCGUGCCGAAGCACAAGGCGGCGUCGCACGAGACUACAGAGGCGCAGGGCUAG